AGUUGGGUGAUAAUUCGACAGUUAUGUCAUGAGGUGUACCCGCACCUCAAUAAGCAGAGCUGUGAUGUUCGCUGCUGCUGCAGACCUGUCCUCUCUGCGUCCCACAGUGUUUCCCACUCCACACGCUGACAGCCAAAUGAUUUCACUCGCGCCUCUCAGCGUGUCCGUUUGAAGAGUUCAUCGGGCGGUUGUCACAUCGCUGGCAGCCUCUGUCUGUGCGUAGGCUGACACAAACUCACCUUCGAAAUGCACCUGGAUAGGUGAGAGGGGCGCGCGCGCGCGCACUGUCAAAAUCACUUUUAAAGGAGCGCGUGUUUUAUCUCCAGGAGUACACUCCUUUUUGGCAGAUCACCCUCCGAUGCAAUUAAUCCAGGAAGACGACUUCGCCAAGGGAGACUCAACGCCGACCACCGCAGCACUCCAGUCCGACGGCAGCGCCGGAUCUCCGGCCAAAAUGUGCAGUGAAUGUUACGUGAAUCAGUCAUUUGUGAACGAUGACGGGAGCGUGAACGACCACAAGCCACGCUCAUCCCCAGCCCCACUCCAGACCAAAAACAGCAGCUGCAGUACUGGGGUUAUCUUAGACAUCUCUACUCUCAAGAUGGAGCAGCUAGAGAGCGAGGUGCCUCCUCUGCCGCCCCGUUUCCGCUUCAGAGACCUUCUUCUUGGGGACCAGAGCUUCCCGAAUGAUGACAGGGUGCAGGUAGAGUUUUAUGUGAACGAAAACACUUUCAAGGAGCGCCUGAAGCUUUUCUUCAUCAAAAACCAAAGAUCAAGCCUCAGGAUUCGUGUGUUCAACUUUUCCCUGAAGCUGCUCACCUGUCUGCUGUACAUCAUCAGAGUGAUGACAGACAACCCCGCUCAGAGCGCAGGCGCCAGCCACAGCGCUGCACAGCAAAACGCUCCCAGUGGCAACAACAAAUGUGUCGACUGUCAGUGGAAUGGUUCAGUGCAGGACAGAGAAAUUAACUGGGAGUUGAUCUUCUGGGUGGAUAGGAAGCUUCCUGUCUGGGCCAUUCAAGUGAUUGUGGCCAUCAUUAGUUUCCUGGAGACUAUGUUACUAAUGUAUCUGAGUUACAAGGGGAACAUUUGGGAGCAGAUAUUCCAGGUGUCCUUUCUUCUAGAGAUGAUCAACACAGUUCCCUUCAUCAUUACGAUUUUCUGGCCCUCGAUAAGGAACAUUUUCAUUCCUGUGUUUCUCAACUGCUGGUUGGCCAAAUGUGCUUUGGAGAAUAUGAUCAACGAUGUCCAUCGAGCGAUCCAGAGGACCAACUCAGCCAUGUUUAACCAGGUCCUCAUUCUGAUCUGCACCCUGCUCUGCCUCGUCUUCACUGGCACGUGUGGGAUUCAGCACCUGGAACGAGCAGGCAAAAACCUCUCCCUCUUCACUUCGUUCUACUUCUGCAUUGUCACCUUCUCCACUGUGGGCUUCGGAGAUGUGACUCCCCGCAUAUGGCCUUCCCAGUUACUGGUAGUCAUCAUGAUCUGCGUGGCCCUGGUGGUGCUGCCUCUUCAGUUUGAAGAACUGAUUUACCUGUGGAUGGAGAGACAGAAGUCUGGGGGGAAUUACAGCCGCCACAGAGCACAGACAGAGAAACAUGUUGUGCUGUGUGUCAGCGCACUCAAAAUAGACCUGCUCAUGGACUUUCUCAAUGAAUUCUACGCUCAUCCACGACUGCAGGAUUACUAUGUGGUGAUCCUGUGCCCAACUGAAAUGGACCUCCAGGUGCGAAGGGUGCUGCAGAUUCCUCUGUGGUCUCAAAGAGUCAUCUAUCUGCAAGGGUCUGUCCUCAAAGAUCAGGAUCUGCUUAGAGCCAAAAUGGAUGAUGCAGAGGCUUGUUUUAUAUUGAGCAGCCGUAACGAGGUGGAUCGCAUGGCUGCGGACCAUCAGACCAUCCUGAGAGCUUGGGCAGUGAAAGACUUUGCUCCAAAUUGUCCCCUAUAUGUCCAGAUACUCAAACCUGAAAAUAAGUUCCAUGUUAAAUUUGCAGAUCAUGUUGUUUGCGAGGAAGAGUUCAAGUACGCCAUGCUGGCUCUCAACUGUGUUUGCCCUGCCACCUCCACUUUGGUCACACUCCUUGUACACACUUCCCGUGGACGAGAAGGACAGCAAUCCCCGGAGCAGUGGCAGAGGAUGUAUGGAUGUUGCUCCGGCAACGAGGUCUACCAUAUCAAAGUGUGUGACAGCAAGUUCUUUGGAGAGUACAAUGGCAAAAGCUUCACAUAUGCCUCCUUUCAUGCUCACAAGAAGUAUGGUGUUUGUCUGAUUGGUAUAAAGAGGGAAGACAACAAGAGCAUCCUGUUAAACCCUGGGCCGCGCCACAUCAUGGCUUCUACAGACACAUGCUACUACAUCAACAUCACCAAGGAGGAAAACUCAGCCUUCAUCUUCAACCAGGAGGAGAAGAAGGGUGGUCCUGCUGGGGGACUCUUUGAUGGGCCUUCACAGCUUCCUGUCCACAGCAUCAUUGCCAGCAUGGGUACGGUUGCCAUGGAUCUUCAGAAUACAACGCCUCCUGACGCCCCAGUAGGUAAACUGGUCCCACCUACAGUAAAUGGAACUGGAAGUCGUAGGCCGAGCAUUGCUCCGGUUCAGGAAUUAGCAGACUCUGCCUCAAUCUUGCCAUGUGACCUGCUAAGUGACCAAUCAGAAGAUGACUCAGUCUUCACAGAUGAAAAAGGCCACUCAUCUACAGAGUAUGUGAAAGGUUAUCCCCCUAACUCUCCGUACAUUGGGAGCUCGCCCACCCUUUGCCAUCUGUUGGCUGAAAAAGCCCCGUUUUGCUGCCUACGUCUGGACCAGGGGUGCAGGCACAACAGCUUCGAGGAUGCCAAAGCGUACGGGUUUAAAAACAAGCUCAUAAUCGUUUCAGCCGAAACAGCAGGGAACGGUCUCUAUAACUUCAUAGUGCCUCUCAGAGCCUAUUACAGACCCAGGAAAGAACUCAACCCUAUUGUCUUGCUGUUGGAUAACCCGCCUGAUAAUCACUUCUUGGAGGCCAUCUGCUGUUUCCCAAUGGUCUACUACAUGGCUGGAUCCAUAGACAAUCUGGACAGCCUGCUCCAGUGCGGGAUCAUCUACGCCGAUAACCUGGUCGUUGUGGAUAAAGAGAGCACCAUGAGCGCCGAGGAAGAUUACAUGGCUGAUGCCAAAACUAUUGUCAACGUGCAGACAAUGUUCAGGUUGUUUCCCAGUCUCAGUAUAAUCACAGAGCUUACUCACCCAUCCAACAUGAGAUUCAUGCAGUUCAGAGCGAAGGACUGCUACUCAUACUCUCUCUCUAAGUUGGAAAAGAAGGAGCGUGACAAAGGCUCCAACUUGGCCUUCAUGUUUCGCCUACCCUUCGCUGCGGGCAGAGUCUUCAGUAUCAGCAUGCUGGACACCCUCCUCUACCAGUCUUUUGUGAAGGACUACAUGAUCCUUAUUGCAAGACUGCUGCUGGGGCUGGAUACCACCCCAGGAUCAGGAUACCUGUGUGCUAUGAAAGUAAAAGAGGAGGAUCUGUGGAUUGGCACUUACGGGAGACUGUUCCAGAAGCUCUGCUCCUCUAGUGCUGAAAUUCCUAUUGGGAUCUAUCGAACUGAGUCACACAUUUUCUGUACUUCUGAGUCGCAGGUGUCAGUCAGCGUUGAUGACUGCGAGGACACAAAGGAUAAGGGGGACGAGUCUCGCAACAACGACCCAUCCGAUCACCCCCUGCUGAGGAAGAAGAGCAUGCAGUGGGCUCGGCGUCUGAGUAAGAAAAGUGUGCGGUGGCAGGGGGCAAGCCGGGAUUCGAGCAAAGAAAAUGCCCAGCGCAUUGCCCAGCAGCGCCUCAACCUCUACAGGCGCUCUGAGAGGGAAGAGCUGUCAGAACUGGUCCGCAACCGCAUGAGGCACCUUGGCCUCCCCACAUCUGGAUAUGAUGACCUGACAAAUCUGACAGCCAGUGACGUCAUGAACAGAGUUAAUCUGGGUUACCUACAAGAUGAACAGAACGAUCACCAAAAUACUCUCUCCUAUGUCCUUAUUAACCCAUCUCCUGACACUAGGCUGGAGCUCAAUGAUGUCGUCUACUUGAUUCGUUCGGACCCUCUGGCUCACGUCCCCGAAGAGCCUCCUGUCCACAGCAGCAGCCUGAAAGAGAGACAUGAGUCCAGCAUGGACACCAGAGAGGACACCCAGCUCUGAUACCCUGCCAACCUUUAUUGCUACACUCAUUAACCCAGCUUCAGCUUCUGUGGGGGUCUCGUUGCAUCCAUGCGGGUCCAGCCUGAAAGAGGACAAUUUGUGCUACAAAGUUUCAGCACCUGCAGUCUGCCACUGUAUUAUACGAGUGCCUAAUGUUUGUCAGGUGACAGCUGAUGUCAUCAGUGACAUUUUCAUCUCUUGCCACAAACUCUGUAGAAAUAGUGUGCUGAUAUUUGUGAGAGCUCUUUUUAAAUGAGCAGUCAGGGACGUGCUUGUUAUGAAGUGAAGUGAGCUAACUGAAGGAAUGUCAGUCAGUUUCAUCAGAGCUAAAGAGCCGGCCCUGGUUAGAAUGAAUCCGAUUCAUUUAGCCAUUCAAGUAUGAGCACAGAAAUAUGUCUUUGUUAUUGAAAGCUACAGAACUCUUGUUUGGUUUGAAGUAUCUUUAUUAGAAAAAUUGUGACAUUGAAGUUCAGGAUUUAAUCCUCUUUCCUGGCUUUUUUUUUUUUAGAAUAUCAGGUGAUCAUAUUUUGAAUUUCCCUGGAUACACAUUUUCUGUUUACCACCACUCACAUAAACUCAAGCGUAACUUGCAACACUACAUGAGUCAAAUAAAAAUAUAUGCUUUAAA